GGUUCACAGGAGUAAAUUUAUGAGGACAUAGGACUUGAAGCUUAUAUAUAUAUAUAUAUAUACACACAUUUAUAUAUUUGUAGUUUUCAUAUAUAAAACCAGGAUGGAUAUAAACUUUACUCUCCCAGAGCACAACCUGGCCGGCUUCGGUGCGCUGGCACAGUGCGUUUUUGGGAACAAGUCGCUGUUAUCUGUUGGAAACGACACCGGCGUUUCUAGAAUGGAAGAAGAGGACUUAGAGGUGAACACUGACAUCUACUCUAAGGUGAUAGUUACUGUCAUCUACGUGGCUCUAUUCGCCGUGGGUUCCCUGGGCAACUCUAUCACUCUGUACACCCUGCUGACCAAAAAGACCCUGCAGAACCUACAGAACACCGUGCACUACCACCUGGCCAGUCUGGCCGUGUCGGAUCUGCUCAUCCUCAUCCUGUCCAUGCCCAUUGAGCUCUACAACUUCAUCUGGUUCCACCACCCGUGGGUGUUCGGGGACGCCUUGUGCAGGGGUUACUACUUCCUCCGGGACAGCUGCUCCUAUGCCACCGCGCUCAACAUCGCCAGCCUGAGCGUGGAGCGCUACAUGGCCAUCUGCCAUCCAUUCAAAGCGAAGAGCAUCAUGUCCCGGAGCCGCACUAAGAAGCUUAUCAGCGCAAUGUGGAUCGCGUCUUUCUCGCUCGCCAUUCCGAUGCUGUUCAUUAUGGGCCAAAUCACGCGCAACGGGGAGAAGAUAUGCACCACUAUUGUCUCUGCUGUCACUAUGAAGACCGUCCUGCAGGUAAAUGCAUUCCUGUCCUUUGUGGUACCUAUGGUUGCCAUUUCCGUGCUGAAUGGGGUCAUAGCCAAUCAGCUGCUGCGGAUGUUCCGAGAAGCCGAGCAAGAUAACCGUAUGUCUAUAACCAGAGGAAAUCCCACCAUGCUAAACAUUACAUUGGAAUCCAACCGCGCCCAGUCGCUUCGCCAUGGAGUUCUUGUCCUCCGAGCUGUGGUCAUAGCCUUUGUGAUCUGCUGGCUACCCUACCAUGCUCGUCGCCUCAUGUUUUGCUACAUCUCCAACUGGUCAGAUGACUUGUACAACUUCUACCACUAUUUCUACAUGUUAACCAACGUGCUGUUCUAUGUCAGCUCCGCCAUCAACCCCAUCCUCUACAACCUGGCGUCAGCUACCUACCGCCAGGUCUUCUUCCGCAUGCUGCGGUACUUCUUCAUGCCCUGUCGCCACACGCCCAGGAGACAGCCCCACCCCCUGACCCGGCGCUCCAUCAGCAUUUCCAGCAACCACACCAACUCCACCAACAUCAUCAAAGAAACGAUGUACUGAAUGAGCCAAUAUCAUAGCACUAUCUGGUGCUGUCUUGUGGUUACAGGAAGAAACGUCUCUUUAAUGUUGGGUAACGGUGCUUGUUGUGGAACUGUGCUGAUCAUCAUUCGUCCUGGUAAAUCAAGUGCCCACCCAGAGACCACUGUAAUUUGACUGCAGACACUCUGUCUUGUAACUUCAUCCAGCAUUGCAUGAAGUUGUGCCAAAAACGUGAUACCAUAAAACAGAAGGAAAGAAGUACAUGGACAUUUCCAGACAGUAGAAAACUAGCAUAGACAUUUCAUAGAUGUUUAACUGACUGGUUCAAUCAUUCAGUAAAGUGAACAUUUUGUUCAUAUAGUGUUAAGUACAAAACUCCUAAAGUUGUUUCUCUAUAAACAUGGCCUUCAACCAUACUUUCAAUGUAGCAGUAGCCAUGGUUUAACCAUGUUUAUGUCUUAUCUUUGAGCUUCAGUGGAUAAACCUGACUUUGAUGUUAGAUGAAUAAAAGCAGGGUAAAGGGUGUAUAUUACUCUGUAAUUCAAGCAGACAUCUGUAGAGGAAAACCUUUCAUUAUGAACCUUUAACCAUCCUGCAUGUGUUGGUUUUGGUCAAGCUAAAAUGUGUUGCCCAGACUGCAUCUAGCAGGAGGUCCUUGUUGUACAGCCCACCCUCUGAUAUCCAUGGAGGUUUGUUAAUACGCCCACUGGGAGAAUGGUUAUUUCUGACAAUACAUUUUAAUAUUCAUACUAGCCUUUUCAAAACCUUGAGAAAAACAUGGCCAGAAGAGAAGAGGUUUUUAUUAAUUAUUGUAUUUCUCCAUAACUAUGGCAAAUAUUAUACACUUGCUGGAAAUAAAGUCAUUUCUUACCACAGGUGUCUGUAUUUGUUGAAAGAAAUAAUUUAUCAAGUGAAGGACUUCUUGUAGCGCACUCCAGGCAG